AUACACACACAUACACACAGAGGGGGAGAGAGAGGGAGAGAGAGAGAGAGAGAGAGAGUAGUGAUGGUCUGUCCUCUGUCCUCACAGCGCUACAUUUUUCACUGAAGUGUGUGGACACAGUUACAUUGUCUCUCUCGUGUUUUGUGGAUAUUUGUUUUUUUGGGGGGGUUUUCGUCUUUGUGGUUGACAGAUUGUGCACCUCCUCCUUCUUAUUCUCCUCCUCCUCCUUCUUCUUCUCUGUGUGUAUUUACAGCAGCACGAAGAGGGAAAAAGUCCACUCGUGUUUUCAUCCAGUCACAUGGACUGUUAUCAUCAUCACUGCUGCUGCUGCUGCUGCUGACAUCCACGCACCAGGCUCGGUUCUUCUUCUCCUUACACACACACACACACGCGCGCGCACGCACACACACUCCUGUCGCAUCGGUUCGAUAAACAGAGGAGGAAAUACCAAAGCAGAGCAGAGGCGUCAGAGAGGAAACACAACUCCAUCCAUCAUGGGCUCUCCUCUGCUGUGGAACGCGUGUGCUGCCGUGGUUCUGGUUCUGCUGUCGAAAGGUUCGUUCAGUCAUGGAGCAGAGUUUGGACACCUGCCUGAUAAUAUCACAGUUCUGGAAGGAGAGAGCGUCACUUUGAGGUGCAGGAUCGAGGAGGAGGUGACCCACAGGGCCUGGCUCAAUCGCUCCAACAUCCUGUUCACGGGGACGGACAAGUGGACGCUGGACCGACGCGUGACGCUGGCCAACAACAACGACAGCGACUUCUCCAUCCACGUGGACCGAGUGCAGGUGACUGACGAGGGCACGUACAUCUGCACCUUCCAGGCCAACAACAAGCCGCGCAUCACCUACGUCUACCUCAUCGUCCAAGUGCCGGCCAGAAUCACCAACAUCUCCAAGAGUCUGACGGUGAACGAGGGGGACAACGUGGUCCUCUUCUGUAUGGCUGUGGGACGACCUGAGCCCACCACCACCUGGAAAGACCAGGAGUACGGGUUAAUGAGUGAGGGCGAGUUCCUCGACAUCACCGAGAUCAAGCGGCAGCAGGCCAAGGACUAUGAAUGCAUCACCAACAACGGAGUGGCUCCACCCGACCAGCGCAAGGUCAAAGUCACAGUCAACUAUCCUCCCAUGAUCACUGACAUGAAGAACAUGCCAGCACAUUUGGGUAAGACUGCCAUCCUGCGCUGUGAAGCCAUGGCAGUGCCACCACCCUCCUUCGAGUGGUACAGAGACGACCACAGGCCUGUAGAGAGUGACAACACCCUGAGGAUCAAAAACGAGAAGACGCGCUCGCUGUUGCUGUUCACCAACGUGACAGAGAAACACUUUGGCAACUACACCUGCUUCGCCUCCAACCGUCUGGGAGCCUCCAACACCAGCAUGCUGCUGUUCCGACCGGGUGCCAUACAGGGGCGAGGGACAGCUUUACGUGCAGGGGCGAGCGUCGCCAUGUGGUUUUCCCUCGUUGUCGUUUUUCUGCUGAAGGUGUAAAAAAAAAAAGAAAAAAAGAAGAUCGAGCUCCAUCUGGAUUGUCCCUUAAAGUCAGCGCCCCCCAGCCCCGCCCUCCUUUAUCCCCGCCCCCUCCUUCUCCCCAACCCUCCCCGUAACGGAAGGAAGAAGGAAAUGAAAUUCUUUAAUUACGAACCCAUCACUGUGAACAAAAAGAAUAUGCAUUAUUCCAGGAGCCAUCGCAUCACAACGCACACACACACACACACACAGACACACACACACACACACAGUGUCCUCGAGUCAACCCGAGGUCAACUCAUCAUCAUCGUCUCUCUCCUCUCUCUCUCUCUCUGUCUCCCAGAAUGCCUUGCAGAUCAGUCUGACUCGGUACUCACCCCCCCCCCCCCCCCCCCCCCACACCACCUAGCUCCGCCCCCACAUAGUGCGUGUAUAUUAGUGAUGAUUGACAGAUAAAGGAUCGAGUGGACGAUUCAUCGUUGUAAAAUAUUUCACACAGACUAAAGACUGACCUACGAUGUUUGCCUUAUGGAAAUUACUUUACAUCCAAUCACAGUGUUAUUAUGGAUGUGAUGAUGAUGAUGAUGAUGAUGAUGAUGAUGUGUGCUGGUGGUCAAAUGAAAAAAAAAAACAAAUGUUGGUGUCACCCUUUGAUCACAUGCACACACACACACACACACACGUAUGGCUUUUUGGUUUUAACUGUGUUGCAGUGAAGCUGCUCUGAAUGAUGUCAAAUGUAUAAAUAAAGGUUGGGUUGUGAUGGUGUCAGUCUCAAAAAAGGGAUAGUUCAGGGUUUUUUGGGGGUGUGGGUGGGGGGGUGCUUGUAUGUAUGAGGCUGUCGUCACCACCAGGGGGCAGCUUCAGACUCAAACACUCGUUCUCGGUGAAGACAGCGGCUGCCAGCGAGGACACACACACCGAAUAAUAUUUAUGUCAGUUUGUAAACCACUCACUCUCCCACACACACACACACACAGACACACACUCACUCACUCACUCUCCCACACACACACACUCACUCACUCACUCUCCCACACACACACUCACACACACACACACACACACACACACACACACACUCACUCACUCACUCACUCUC